AUGAGCAAGGCCCUGGAAACGCUCAUAAUUAGUGAGGUCGAAAGAGAAACCUCCCUCAAUGAAAUCGGCAACCAACAUGGAUUUGUUACGGGCCGGUCAACAAUCACGGCCAUGAAGUCCCUUUACAGUUGGGCAAAAGACUUUCAAAAUACUCUGGUCGAAUUUAUGAAAAAUCCCCCUCUUAAGCCCCCCGAGGAAUUCGAUGCCGAUAAAGCUUUUUUACGAGUAUUAUCUUUUUUACCAGACCUUAAAAAAAUGAACGAUACCCAAAAGUUGGAUUUAAAACUUGAAUUUAUGAAUGCAGUAAAACGAAUUAUUACAGCUCCUCCUCCCAAUAAUAUUAUCUACCCAAGUUAUACUGACUAUUCUAACCAACAAAAUUUGACUUAUCAUCUAAUUCAUCAUCCUUCAAAUGCAUUUCUUCCACAUUUCCAAACAAGCUUCUCACCUUAUUCAUACCCAGCUGCUCUUAAUAAUCCUGUAACUUCUAAUAAUGAAGAGGAUCACAUUAAAUUUAAUCUGAUUAUAACUAUUUUUUAUUUUAAUAUUUUUAAAGGGUUUGUUUGA